AUACAUAACAUCUCUAUUGAAACUCUCAAAAUCCACGUACAUUGAAGUAAACUCCAUUAGCUCCAAGAGGUCUUGCAAUUUUUCUGCAAUAUUGUUAUUUUUGGCACUGCACUGCAGCGCUAUUCAAAUGCCGACAAUGAAAUCCAAGACCUUUACAUUAGUUGUUCUGACGUUGUGUUUCUGCGUAAUUCAUAACAAAGCUGAGCCACGAAAGAUAACAGGAGGCCCGGUUAGAUUGAGAUCGCCUCAACGAUGGGUCUUCAAGACGCAAGGAUCUACAUGCCGUGAUCGUGUGGCGAACUGCAAUCGGUUGCGAACUUACAGAUGGUGUCAGUAUUACGUUAGUUACAUGUCAACCAGCUGCCGAAAGACUUGCGGAUUCUGUAUACCCGUCGCCCCAGAGGCCUGUAUGGACACUUACGAUAAGUGUGACGACUGGGCUCGAGCUGGUCAUUGCAAAGAAAACGAAAUAACGAUGAAUAUUUUUUGCACCAAAUCUUGUGGGAAGUGUAAAGGUAGACCAACAGUGCCCCAGUCAACUUGCAUGGACCGUCAUAGAAACUGUGUCAGUUGGGCUCGUAGUGGGCAAUGCAAUAAAAAUCCCCGGUACAUGCUACCGUAUUGUCCCAAAUCUUGCGGACAGUGUCAACGUGUUCAAGUGGUCAAUGGUAAGUGGGGAAGUUGGGGAGCACCUUCUACCUGCUCUCAGAGCUGUGGUGGAGGCACCCAAGCAAGAUAUCGAACAUGUAACAACCCAGCACCAAAAAAUGGAGGAAGGGCAUGUGUGGGGAUAUCAAAACAAACUAUGUCGUGCAACACCCAGUCUUGUAUCAUAGUGGUGGAUGGUAACUGGAGUUCCUGGGGAUUAUACGGCCCCUGUAGUACAUCAUGUGGUCCAGGAAUCAAGACACGCAAUCGAAAAUGUAACAACCCUGCACCACAAAAUGGCGGCAAACAGUGCGUGGGGAUUUAUAAACAUUCGGAAAGCUGUAAAAUAAAGGACUGCUUGAAAGCGAUCGAUGGUAACUGGGGAAGUUGGAGUACUUCUUUGUGUUCAUUGACAUGUGGAUCAGGCAUUCAGUCACGUGUGCGCAAAUGUGACAAUCCACCGCCACAAAAUGGCGGGAGUUCAUGUCAGGGCAAGUCACGUGAGGUCGUCAGAUGCAAUACCCAGGCAUGUCCAACUGAACCAAUUGAUGGUAAAUGGAGCAACUGGGGGACAUGGACCCAGUGUUCAAGAUCAUGUAACGGAGGCUUCAAGUCAAGAUACCGCGAGUGUGAUAACCCUUUCCCUUCUUAUGGAGGUCAGCCGUGUGAUGGGUUCUACUCUGAACGCGUCGCGUGUAACACACAGAGAUGUACAGCAAAGACAUCUCUCCCGGCCUUUGCGUGCGGUGUUCGUAGAAAUGUCGGACGAAUUGUGGGCGGUUCUGUUGCUAACACACGUGACUGGCCUUGGCAAACAGGUCUUAAGCGAGGAAGUGAAAAGAGGAUUUAUUGUGGAGGCUCACUCAUUGAUAGAGAAUGGGUAUUGACCGCUGCCCAUUGUAUUUACGGGCUCGAUCCUAGCCGUACCGGAUGUGUGAAGCCUGAUCCUCGACUCCGUGUUGUAUUGGGAGAGUUUGAUGUGAAUAAUCGCGAUGGCCAUGAGGUCGAUAUUGACGUAGCUCAGAUGUGUAUGCAUCCCAACUAUGACCACAGGACUCUUGACUAUGACAUCGCGUUGCUCCGUCUCGCGCGCCCAGUCAUGAACUUCAACCAGUACAUCAGACCUAUCUGCAUGCCAACCACUAGCUAUGUUAUACCCAUCGGACAGAACUGUUCCGUCACUGGAUUUGGAAAAUUGGGUGAAGGUGCAAGUCUCUCUAACACGCUGCGUCAAGCCAAAGUACCAGUCAAGGUUCUGAACUACUGCAAGAACCAGUACCCAACACGGCUAGUUACCAACCGUAUGAUAUGUGCCGGGUACGAGGGAGGCCAAAUUGACUCCUGCAAAGGGGACAGCGGUGGUCCAUUUGUCUGCCCAGACCCCAAAAAUAAGUCACGGUUCGUUUUAGCCGGGGCUGUGAGUUGGGGGGUUGGAUGCGCUAGGCCUGGGCAACCUGGCUUGUACACCAAUAUCAAGUACUUUCUGCCUUGGAUAAAACGAAUUUUGAAAAAUAAUUAAAGACGCUAGUCGGGAAUAUCUGGGGAAGGUAGAGUGUUUGCCCCUCGAAUCCCUCGUUAAUAACUAGGAUUUCAUUGGAAAUGCAGGACGACACAGUGUAAAAUUUUAGAUCAGAUGACAACGAAUCAUUUGUAGCAACCAAUUUUUUUACUUACAAAUAUAUGUUCUAGUUUUACCACGUUUUUAUUGUUCUGUGCAUAUAUAAGUUGAUUGAUCUAUGAUCGUGCAUUGGUCGGUACAUGAUCGUGACUUGAUUGACACAUGAUCGUGAUUUAAUCGGAAAUUGAUCGUGAGUUAAUGAGCACAAUUGUGAGUUGUUCGGCGAACGAUAGAUACCAAGUAGUUACUUGAUCUACACAUGAUCGUGAUUUGAAUGAGACUUGAUCGAACAUGAUCGUGAGUUGAUCGAUACAUGAUCGUAGCUUAAUCGGCGCAUGAUCGUGACUUUAGCGCGUAUUAUCGAAUUGAGAAUAUUUUGACGUAUAUCUAAUUUAGAUUUAUUGAAUAAAUUCAAUUACAAAUGUU